CCCCCGCCCCAGCACGGCCCCCGCUGCGCAGCGCCAGCCCAGCGCCGCUCCCGGCCGCUGCCGAGCCGCGGACGCAGAACCGGAGGCUCGCUCCUGCUGGCGCGCUUGAUUUCCUGCGGCCGCCUAGCCCUGCGCAGCCCCCGCCCGUUUGAACGCCGCGCUCCGCUCAGCCCCGCCCGCCUUCGGUGCCCUGCGCUGGAUUUAUGAAUGGGGGGAAGAGGCCACAUGCCGCCGCCGCCGCCGCGUGUUGACCGCAAGCACCCCGGGCCCGCGGAGCUCCGGCUGCCGUGAGAGCGUCGGCCCGGCCCCGGAAGCCGCUUCGAGGACUUGUUGCUGCUGCGCUGCCGCCGCCGCAGGGACGCCGGCGGCUCCCGGGACUCGGCGCGGUCUCGGAAAGCCGGAGGGUGCCCCGUGUGAGUGUGAGCGCGCGCGCGCCCCGGACCCUCGCGGUGCGCCUGGACUGUGCGCUAACUCGCCUUUUGGGGGUGAAGGGGGGCGUGUCCAGAGCCCGAGCGUCUGGGUGUCCAGUCCUAGCCGGAGAGGUGUGUGUUUGCCCGCGCCUCCCCGGACCCCUCGCCUGGGUCCUCGGUUCGCCUUUUCCCUCCCUGCCUCCCUCGCCGGAGCUGCCUGCCCAAACCCCAACCACCUGUGCACCCGAGAAACCCAACUCCUCCUGCUCCGCGCCCCGGGGGGGAGGCAGGGGCAGGGCCAAGCCGCAGAGGGGGCCGCCGCCGCCUCCUGCCUCCUCCUCGCCUCCUCCCCCCUCCCCCGUCUGACGCUGCCUCCUCGGGAAGGGUGUUUGGAGGGCAGCGGCCGCCCCAAGCCGAAGCCCCGCAGCGCUUCUUAUGAUCAGCUCGGUGUGUGUCUCCUCCUACCGUGGGCGCAAGUCGGGGAACAAGCCUCCGUCCAAAACAUGUCUGAAGGAGGAGAUGGCCAAGGGCGAGGCGUCGGAGAAGAUCAUCAUCAACGUGGGCGGCACGCGACAUGAGACCUACCGCAGCACCCUGCGCACCCUACCGGGCACCCGCCUCGCCUGGCUGGCCGAUCCCGACGGCGGGGGCCGGCCCGAGUCCGAUGGCGGCGGUGCAGGCAGCAGCGGCAGCAGCGGCGGCGGGACCUGCGAGUUCUUCUUCGACCGGCACCCGGGCGUCUUCGCUUACGUGCUCAACUACUACCGAACGGGCAAGCUGCACUGCCCCGCCGACGUGUGCGGGCCGCUCUUCGAGGAGGAGCUCACCUUCUGGGGCAUCGACGAGACCGAUGUGGAGCCCUGCUGCUGGAUGACCUACCGCCAGCACCGCGACGCCGAAGAGGCGCUCGAUAUCUUCGAGAGUCCGGACGGAGGCGGCGGUGGCGCGGGGACGGGUGACGAGGCCGGCGACGAGGAGCGGGAGCUGGCCCUGCAGCGCCUGGGGCCCCACGAGGGAGGUGCGGGCCCCGGCGCCGGGUCCGGGGGCUGCCGUGGCUGGCAGCCCCGCAUGUGGGCGCUCUUCGAGGAUCCCUACUCCUCCCGGGCGGCCAGGGUGGUGGCCUUCGCCUCUCUCUUCUUCAUCCUGGUCUCCAUCACCACCUUCUGCCUGGAGACCCAUGAGGCCUUCAACAUUGACCGCAACGUGACCGAGAUCCACCGGGUGGGGAACACCACCAGCGUGCACUUCCGGCGGGAGGUGGAGACAGAGCCCAUCCUGACCUACAUCGAGGGGGUGUGCGUGCUGUGGUUCACGCUGGAGUUCCUGGUGCGCAUCGUGUGCUGCCCCGACACGCUGGACUUCGUCAAGAACCUGCUCAACAUCAUCGACUUCGUGGCCAUCCUACCCUUCUACCUGGAGGUGGGACUGAGCGGCCUGUCGUCCAAGGCGGCCCGAGACGUGCUGGGCUUCCUGCGCGUGGUGCGUUUCGUGCGGAUCCUGCGCAUCUUCAAGCUCACGCGCCACUUCGUGGGGCUGCGCGUGCUGGGCCACACGCUGCGCGCCAGCACCAACGAGUUCCUGCUGCUCAUCAUCUUCCUGGCGCUGGGCGUGCUCAUCUUCGCCACCAUGAUCUACUACGCCGAGCGCAUCGGCGCCAGGCCCUCCGACCCGCGGGGCAACGACCACACCGACUUCAAGAACAUCCCCAUCGGCUUCUGGUGGGCGGUGGUCACCAUGACGACGCUGGGCUACGGGGACAUGUACCCCAAGACGUGGUCGGGCAUGCUGGUGGGGGCGCUGUGUGCACUGGCUGGCGUGCUCACCAUCGCCAUGCCCGUGCCCGUCAUCGUCAACAACUUCGGCAUGUACUAUUCCCUGGCCAUGGCCAAGCAGAAGCUGCCUAAGAAAAGAAAGAAGCACGUGCCCCGGCCGCCCCAGCUUGAGUCACCCAUUUACUGCAAGUCGGAGGAGACCUCGCCCCGGGACAGCACCUACAGUGAUACCAGCCCCCCUGCCCCAGAAGAGGGUAUGGUUGAGAGGAAACGGGCAGACUCCAAGCAGAACGGCGAUGCCAAUGCGGUGCUGUCAGACGAGGAGGGAGCUGGCCUCACCCAGCCCCUGGCCUCUGUCCCCACCCCCGAGGAGCGCCGGGCCCUGCGACGCUCUGGCCCCCGAGACAAAAACAAGAAGGCAGCUGCCUGCUUCCUGCUCAGCGCCGGGGACUAUGCCUGUGCCGAUGGUAGUGUCCGGAAAGAAGGCAAUGUUGAGCCGAAAGCGUGCGUCCCAGUGUCUCACACCUGUGCUCUUUAAACACAGAGACCUGCCAAGACGCCCUCUCGCCCAGCUAUGCCCAGGCUGAAGUCCUCACCCUCUCUUAAGCGGCACCAGCGUGAGAGAGGCAGGCAGACAGACAGAAAGCCAAAGGCUUAGGGAAACUCUGGAACCCUGGCAAGAAUCUUUCGCUGGGAAAGACUCAGAGAUCCUUGUUUGCACAGGACUGACGGAAAGCCUCCCAUGUAACCCUCUGGGCCCAGAGCCGUCUGGGUCCGAUGUUCUGUUCUGCUGUACACUGAAGAGACAUAUAUACACAUGUGGUAUCUAUAUUCAUACAUGCUCUACUCUCGUGUGUAGUGCACGUGCUGUUGGUGGUCUGUCUUCUUUGUUAGGCUGUGUCUCCCCAAGCCCGGGCCCCACCCCCAGGCCCCCCCAAUCCCCGUCCCCUUCCCCUGCCCUGACUCCUUGUUUCUGCUGACCACGUAUUGUGGAAUAUCCCAGGAAAAGAGCAUCUGGGAAUGGCCCGUCCCACUGGGGGAUCCCAGGCUAGACUUGCCCCCUUGGGAUUGUUUUCCCCUUGGCCGGUGGUCUGUGGAAGGCCUGCUUGACCCUCAGGGUCAUGGCUCCACUAGCCCCACCCCACCCCAGAUUGGGGUUCUACCUCCCACCCUCGCCCCAGUUUGGGGGCACUUCCAGGGGCCCCUCUGCAGCUUCUUCCACUCCUUCUUCCCCCUUCCCCCUGUCCUAGACUGAGGGGGGCGUUUCGUCUUCUUUUAUUUUGGGGUUUUUGUUCUGUCUCCUUCGUCCGUUUGUUUUCAAAGAUGCUGCUGGGCAGACGGGCAGGGAAGGGGUCUGUCUGCCCAUCUGGCUCAGGGGUCUGAGAAGGGGAAGCCUCGGGCGAGUGGAGACCAGUUGCAAUACUGUACUUCCUGGCCGGUGGCCAGAGGACCGUGCAAUAGCAGAGGCCGGGUGACCCCUUCGACCUUGGCCUCUGCCCCUCCCGCGGCCCUCCCUCCCCACUCCCCCUGCCCCACCCCACCCUAGUGUUGGUCAGUCCUUUUCUAAAGCUGUCCCCUCGUGUAUGUGUGUGUGUGUGUGUGCGCACGUGUGCGUGUGUGUGUCCUCGCGUGUGCGUGUGUGUCUGAGGCAUGCCCAGGCCGGGCCCUGCCGCCCUGUCCACAUGCCUUCCACUGUCAUGCUGUGCCCGAGCCCCAAUAAAGACAUCUGGAGCGUCCUGCUGCUCUUGCCGCGAGUGACUGCCUCCGCCUCUCCUUUCUGGCUCUGUGUCUGUGGGGACAUCCCCGGGCUUCCACCCCAACACCUGAGAAAUGCAGCACACGCCUAUCAUAGCCCUGCCCCCCCCCACCCCCAGGAAUCAUUGAUACCUCACCACCCCUGCCUUCAGAGCUAGACACGAAUGCUCAGAGAGGAGAAAGGAUUGCCUGGGGUCGGGAAAGGGAAACCCAGGACCCUGGCUCUCAGGCAGCGUUCUGGUCUUUGCUGCUGCCCCCUGAGCCCCACCGUAGUGCAGAAGGACAGAGGCGUUUGGAAGGAGUUCCCCUGUAUUCCUGCUUGUGUCUGCGGGGGGUCUCCUCCCUGCAAUGGUGCCAGUUCUUUGUGGGCCAAGGCCCUGGGGAUGCCCAAGUCGCUGCGACGACUGGGUGGCUGAUGAACGGAGGCCCACAAGGGAGUGAUGGCACGUCCGGGACCACUGAGGGAUGGCGGAAUAACCGAAUCCUGGGGCGCGAGAGGAGGGGGGUCGUGGUACGUGAUGGUGACACACGGCCCCUCCCUGGGGUUUCCCUGCUCACUCACAUGGGGGCAUGCUCAGGGCUGGCUCCCAGGCAUGUGGCCUGGGCGCUCGCUCGGAAGGGCCCCAUGCCUGGCUUCAAGCUCAGCUCUCAGCAUCUUGAAAUCAUGGAAGCAGGGUCCCUACGUGUUCAUUUUGCUCUGGCCUCUGGAAACCAUGCUGCCACGUCUGGGAACAGGUCUGUCCACCUCACCCUCUCUUACUCCAGACAUAAGCAAGAGUCCUGGGGCCUCAGUUCCAAGUCUGGAUUCAAAUCUCGCCACACUCUAGCUGGGUGACUUGAGCCAGGCAGCUCACCGAGCCUCCGUUUCCCUGCCUGGAGAACAGGGAUCACAACAGCCCUGAUGUCAAAGACAGUGAGCGUACGGGCCUGGCUCAGGGCCCUAGAUGUGCCUACAACACGCAGUGGAGGCCCAGUAAGUUGUUAGCUCUCUCCUCACUCCUUGCUGUAGCCCUCAGGCUUCUGUCCACAGACUUCUG